UCAGGAGGAGCUUGGAGACCGGGAGAGAGGAAGGAGAGAGGGAAGAGAGGGGAGUGAGAGAGAAUUAACCAACAGAAGAGAAGAAAGUGUGUGUAUGUUAGUAAGGGAACAUGGGGGCAGUCUGCCAGAGAGUGAUAACCCCAGCUUAAAUCUCAGCCCACAUUACCUGCACUUCUACACACUCAUUAGUACACACGCAUGCGCACACACUCAGCUAUGAUGGACUGUAAACUGAGCAGAGCAAAGUGACUUCCCUCCAGUUUGUACUAACCAAAGAUCUGAUAGCAGCCACAAACUAUUGCAGUGUCACUUGCUGACAGCCCUGAGGAGUGUACAAGAUAAUGUCUGUGUUCCACAGCUCAGCACAGCUGGACAGAAAAGCUCUUUGUUUUAGAGUCAGUAUGGAGGAGGCUGACCUAUUACGAGGGAGACUACAGGCCAUCACAAAGAAAAGAAGAAUACAAGAGGACAUUGCAGAGAAACGGAGAGUGAUUGAGGAAGAGAAAUUAAAACUUCAGUAUCUAAAGAAAAAAGCCUUGCGAGAGCAGUGGCUCAUGGAUGGCCUGAGCGGUCAGAAUGAGCAGGAGGAAGAGGCCAUGAGGGCACAGGCUCAAGAGGAGCAGCAGCAGGUCACAGUCUUGCAACAACAAAUCCACAGAAUAGAGCUUGAGAUUGAGGACCUUGAAACAGUGGAGAUGUCUAUCUCAGCAAAAGAAGAGCUUAUUUUGAAGCGACUGAAGGAGGUAGAGAGGACAGCUGAAGACAUUAUAAAGGGAGCUGCAGGUGGCAAUCCAGAAUCUGGUGGUGGCACAGAAGUGAAUGACGCUUUCUUACCCAUUGAGAAUCAGACACAAACAGAACUUAAUACAAUCUCCAAGUCAGUCACCAUGGAGACAAGUGAGCAAUCCAACACAGGAAACAUCCCAGACUAUGAGAUGGACGUCCAGGAGACCAUAUUAAUUGAAAACCAGGACACGAGUGCUGAAGAAGAACAGGCUUGCAAUGAUGAUAUUCUUUUUGAAUCCCUGAGUGCCAAAGUAGCUGAUGCCAUUUUAGCAGAUUUGCCUCCCACAGUGACAAAUGGUGAUGAAUUUGAAGACAUGCCCUCCCCGAAAGAAGCUUUAGUAUUGGAGGACACAAAUGGUGAGCUAAAUCGCAAUGAAUCUAUUACCUCGUCUGUGUCUGAUACACCAUCUAGUGCUGAGAGCAUGUAUGAGAAUGAGGCCAUGCAAAAAAGACAGGAUUCAGUAAAAGAGGAACCGAUGAAAAAUAUUGUGACUGUAAUAGAAGAUGCCGAGGAUGCUGAUAUACUAAAUCCAUUAAAAGCAGAAUUCCAUGAGGAUAUCCUAGAUGGCUUAGGCUGUGAAGUAGAUGAAUCCAUGUUGGAAUCAUUCAUCCAGGAAGAAGUUAUGUCAGACAUCUCAAAUGAGUCUGGUCAAAAUCCUGAAGAUUUGGAGGAGUGUCUAUUGGUAGAAAUUGCUGCAGCAUCAUCUGACAGUGAGACAGAUGAGAAAUGGAGAACAAUAUUUUCUUCCUCUAUUAAUAAGGAGGAUGAUGACUCCUAUCUUGACAGCCUUCAGCUAAGUGCACAAGAGCUAUUCAUUCAAAAGCCUGAAGUAAAGACUGUUGAAAACCAGUUAGAUGCACAGGAUGAGCCUGAGCAGGAUAUGCCUGUAGAGGAUGCUGUGUUGGAGCAACCUGAAAUUUCUCCAACUUAUGCCCUGCCUGCACAAGAGAUCUUGUAUAAUCCCUCUACACUAUUCCAUGGCUUGUCCAAAAUAUCUGAGGAUGAAGAGGAGCUCGGGAAGGGUUCUGUAAAUCAUAAAGAAUUUUCAUCUACUUCUGUCAAGUCAGACACAAACAAGAAAAUACCAAAAGAUUACUGUGUGAUUCAGGAGAUGAAGAGUGAAAAUGUCAGCACAGAGCACGUGGAUUUCAGAGUCGCACGCAAUCAGUGGCUGCAGAUGGAGGAGCAAACAAAGAACAUCACACAUCAUCCAGUCCUCAGGACUGGGCCCAGCCAGGGCAAUCACAGCUAUAUGUACACACCAGUGCGCAACAUUGACAGACAGAAGAGGGAUGCCGAAUUAGAGAAUUUAGCACUUGGCAGAGACUACCAACAUGCCCAGUUUAGCCCCUGCUCAGAAGAUUCAGGAGUAGAUGAUUCUAGUUUCAGGUCACCUUAUGAUGACCCAGAAACCCCAGUAGAAAAAGAGAUUCGCUCUGUCAUGGAGAAAGAGGAAAUCCUGAAACGUGAAUGGGCAAUGUCCAAAUCAUACAUAAGUGACUGUGUGCCAGGAAAAGGAAAACCUGUCAUCUUGAACCCUGGGAAAUUGUGUCAAGAGGUUGACGAGAAGAGAAAGAUGCUUGACCAUCAGGAAGAUGACUGCAGAUUAUCCUCCAGCACCCAGAUGCCAUCGUUCAUCAUUACAUCCUCCCCAACAAGAUCACAGAAGCACGAAAUGGCAGCCAACAAUGUCAUUAUCCUUGAACCUGAAUCUUGCCAUCAAAGUCCACGCCAUUCUGGAAAGCUGGUGACAUCUAAAUCUGCUGACUGGAAAUCAGAGGAAAACCCCAGCGUAAUCAUACUGGAAACAUCAAACCUAAUUAUUCGAAGUGCAUCAGAGUUAAACCUGAACUUGGUAACUGAAGAGAAAACCUUUCUCAAUAACCCGUUUUUCAAGUUGCGGUCCCGGAGCUCCCUCUCUCUGGUUGAUGAAGAGAUUAAGAUGGUAAAGCAACGAGAGGAAGAACUGAAAAGACAAAGAGCAAGUCUUUACUCUAAAGAGAAUUUUCUUGCUUCUCCAAAUCUCCUGGACAACCCAUUUGACAAACAAGAUGAUAUCCCUAUCAAAUGUAAAUCAUCCCCCUCAUCACCUAUGAAGACAUAUAAGAUGGAUCGAUCAACACUAUCCUGUGAUAACAGAUUCCCUGAGACCUACUCUGGUGGUCGUCGUAAAAGUGCCAUGGCUCUGCGGUGGGAAGCAGGGGAGUUUGCGAAUCACUAGAGAGGAACAGAC